UUACCUGAACGCACCAUGACACUGGCAGCUAGCCUAGCCGGCUAACUUGGCUAAUCUGAUUUAGCGUCUCGGCUAAGCGCACGUAACGUUAGCCAGGAUUACCAUAUUUAGUUUUCCAUAUCUAUCGUUUAACACAAUAUCUACCUGACAUCAAAAACCACUAAUCUGAAGAUGGCAUCGCUUGGGGAGCCCGUUCGGUUGGAAAGAGAUAUUAACCGUGCUGUUGAACUGCUGGAUAAGCUCCAGAGGACCGGGGAGGUGCCGCCCCAGAAGCUGCAGGCGCUGCAGAGGGUCUUACAAAGUGAAUUCUGUAACGCUGUCAGAGAAGUUUACGAACAUGUGUAUGAAACGGUGGACAUCAACAGCAGUCCUGAGGUCAGGGCCAACGCCACUGCUAAGGCUACUGUGGCAGCCUUCGCAGCAAGUGAGGGGCACUCUCAUCCACGUGUUGUGGAACUGCCCAAGACUGAAGAAGGCCUAGGUUUCAAUAUAAUGGGUGGAAAGGAGCAAAACUCACCAAUAUACAUCUCACGGAUCAUCCCAGGAGGCAUCGCUGACCGACACGGAGGCCUGAAGAGAGGCGACCAGCUUCUCUCUGUCAACGGGGUGAGUGUGGAAGGGGAGCACCAUGAGAAAGCUGUGGAGCUCCUCAAAGCCGCUCAGGGCACAGUGAAGCUGGUGGUAAGGUACACCCCCAAAGUCCUCGAGGAAAUGGAGUCACGCUUUGAGAAAAUGAGGUCGGCAAAGCGCCGGCAACAGAACAACUACCCCCAGUAGAAUGUCUCCGUGUUGAUGCCCAGCUCCCAUGUCUCUCCUCAUCGAGCCGUCUGGCCCUAUGUUCUGGUCUCUUUAUUAUCUCCAUGCCCCAAAAAGCAUAACCAUCACAUCCCCACUUUGUUUUAGUUCCUACGUACACACAUGGUAUAUUGUGCUUCUACCUUUUUCUGUAGCAUUUUUAAUAUUCUCCAUAGUUCCACUUGACACUACGACUCUAGACGAACACUAAAAUGAUUGUCAGUGUAGGGGGUCACUCACACGUGUGCAUUAUCUUUGAAUGUCAAUUUGAAUGCUACUUUGAGUGCUUAUACCAACUACACAAAUCCUUUUCUGGAAAGGUAGUGUUUUUAAUUAUUUUAUCAAAGCCACUACCAAGUGCCUCAGGGCAAACACAUCUAUUAUGUACUGUGUUCACCGUUAUAUUCUUCUUCUUAGUGGUUUAAAGUCAAGUAGUGCUAAUUAAAUGCUUGUGGCAGGAAUUACUACAUGCUUCACAUCUGUUAUUAUCAAAGCUCAUUUCAUUUCAACAUAUGAUAACCAUGUUUAAAACACUUUUAACUUUAAAAUAAGGUGCAGUUUUAUUUGUGUUGCUGCUUUGCAGGCAUGUACUAAACUAAAGAGAGGCUGAUAACGGUUUGAAUGCGUUAGAAAGUGAUAGUUGGAUAUCAAGGGGAACCACUGCAAGGAGACUUCUGAACAAAAAUGAUGGAUUAUCUCUGGGCUUAGCUUUUUUAGUUUUCUAAUAUCAUACCACAUUAUAAAAAGCUCUGCAGAUACUGUAAGUGAUGUAAUGGGGUCUCUGCAACUUUUGAACUCAAUUCCUGCCGCCACAGAGACUCACAUUUUUUAUUUUAUUAAAGUAAUAACCUUCAUAAGCAAACAUCUUGCCGUCAGCAUGAUAUGAGAUGAUUAAUUUGCCUUGACAGAAAUCAGGAAUGUACUGUAAGUCAUUUUUUCUUAUUUGCCGGGUAGUACAGGAAGUCAGUCACUUCACAUUGUUCUUUGAUCUUUGUCGGGAAAAAAAGUUAUCAUUCUAAAUGAUGAAAAAUAGGAUGUUUUUAAUAUCAAGCAAUCUUUCUGUCAUAAUAAUGCCUAAUGUGAGCUUUCAUCAUUCUGUUGAUGAAUGAAAUGGCAGAUGUGGAUAUUAUGUCUGAUAAAUAGCUACUUCAUAUUCAGACUUUACACAGUUGUUCGGCGAUAAAGCUGUAAACCUGAUGCAUCGGUAUGUUUUUCAGUUAUUGUCUUAAACAGUCUCUAGCAUGUGUGUGUCAAAGGUGUGUCAUUUACUUCAGUUGGACUGUUUUUUUAUCCUGGUAGCCAUUGACAACUUUAAAGGCUUUUGGCUUUAUAGAGAAAUAUGACACCAGUGCUGCGAUAGGAUCUAUAGAAACCUGUUAACAUUUAAAUUACUUUACUUUAAUGAUCAUGCAUUCCAUUCAAUGACUAGAGUAAUCCCAGACAUUUAAAUACAGUUUUAUUUAUGAAUAUUUUCGUUAUUUUAUCUGUUAUCAUAACUAACAAUCAUGCUCCAUUAAAGCCAACUUGUUAGGGCCUCCCAUGUACUCUAUUUGUGAAAUACAAACCAAACAAAAUGCUGAAUGAAGUUUGAUAAUGACAACACUUUGUUACUGAAUACUGCCACACUGUCGGGUUUGUUCUAAUAUGUGGUUUUGAGCAGGAUAAUGUCAUCAAACCAGAAUAUACUGAUGGAGGAAUGCUUAUGUUUACAACACUUUGUUGUUGAAGUUUUAAAGUGUUUUUUUGCAAUGCAUGGUUAACUGUACAGAUGUUCCUUCUCAAGAUGUGGAAUAUGAACCCUUGUCUACAUGCAAUAUGUCAAUCAAACAAGUCUUCAGGUCAUGCUUGUAUUUAAAAGAUUGUAUUAUUCAAAUAAUGAUGGGAAAGCAAACAUAAAUAUCUGUUCAAUUAUCCAUAGCAUCCGAAAUAUCCCAAUAAUACAUUUUAUUUUGGUGAUGUAUUCACAAAACGUUUUUCCAUGGUAGCUGCAGUUACAUUUAUAUUGCUUUAUGUGAACUAAGCUUUGGCUGAAAAGGCUAUGCUUCUGCUGAGUCAUCAUUGAGGCAGGAAGGUAUUAAUAGUGAAUAGCAGACAUUUUGUAUCUAACUGAUGUCCAGUUAGGUUGGAUGGUGGAUAAAUCAACAAACACAUUUUCCCUUCAGUGCAGCUUUAAGGGAUGUUGUGAACGGUGUUGUAACUGUCCUCUGAAGUUGAACCAUUCUUCAGGAAUCAAUUCCCUUUAAAUGCAAUGCAGUGUAAAAAUGAAGAUCUGUUUGCUUCAUGAUCAACACAACUUAUUGCCCCGCAGUUUUUAGAUGACCGGUUGUCUGUGUAGCUGCUUUUGGUUUAAGGUUGCUUUUUUCGUUUUGCGUUUUUGUUAUUUUAUCCACCAUUUUAUCCACAAUCUCUUAACAAACCAAAAUGUAGCAGCUCCGGCAUAAAUGACUCAAUCAAAUGAUGAACAACUCAUCAAGAGUGCUGCAGUCCUGGGUUCUCUUUUAUAUAGAAUAGUCAUAUUGUUUUGCUUGAAGAAUAAUGUUUAAGUAAAUUUAGAUCAAACAAAGUGUUCUUUAGCUUCUCACUUUGUCCCAGUUUCUUCAUAAAUCCAUUAUAACCGUCCAUUUCUAAUCAAAGUCUGCUGUUCCUAUACAUGUCAGCUUUACCUGUGGGAUCCUCUUCGCUUAAUGACAUGUUACUUAAAUAUAAGCAAAAGUGACAAUACAUGAUGAGCUUGGGCCCGUCUGUGGCUAUAAUCCAUGUAAUGCAUUGCUCCUUAUGAAAAACUAUGAAUUUUGGACAAAGUAUAAAACAAUACAAACACACAGUACUGCAAAAACUGAAUGCAAAGUCAAUUAUCUAUGCAAGGUCCUUUAAAAACUUUGUACGGUGCAAAAAUAAUUGUCAUUUUACUGCAGAAUGUUAUUGGAAAUUACUGCUUUAAGUCUGUGCGGACAAAUGUCUGAGUUUGGACACGCUACACUUUGAUACGUUGGUGUUACAUAAUCUAAUGAGAAGUCAAUAAUGUUAUUGUAACAUGUUGAUCACCACCAAGACAUUGCAGUGAAGUUGUCCAUGCGAUAUUAGCCUUGCUGUCUAAAUAUUGAUUGUCAGGAGGAUAAAUGUAGAAGGAUAGGCUUAUGUGAACAUUUGGUUAACAAUAGACCAUUCCAUAGGCUACUGAGAGCAUAUGUUUGUUUUGAGGCAGAACAUUUAGCACAAGAGUUGGGGUGUACAUAAAAGUUGAGACGUCUUAAUAUAAUGUAUAGAUUGUUCCUUAAUUGUGUUUUAUCAAACUCUGCUUGCUAGAUUCCCUGCUUGCACACAUGAAUAGUAAAAUCAGGAAA